UGCCGAGCGCCGGGGUCGAGCGGAGCCGAAGGCCUCGCGGCUGGCCGCGCCGCGCGCGAGGAGCACUACAUCGCCGGAGCGUGUGUGUGCGUGCGUGCGCUUCUACCCGCUCCGCGUUCUCGUCUUGGAUCCUCUCGCCUCGAGGACGAGGACCCAGCAUCGCUCUCAUCCCCGUCUUCGAAAGUCGUCGCUUCACGCGCGGGAUCAUCAGGAUCAUCAAGGAUCAUCGUCUCGGCUCGUAUCUGUGCGCCGCGUCCUUUCCGGCUGGCUCGCGCGCGUGCAUGGACGACACGCGCGCACGAGCCGACGAGGAUAUAGCCCUGGAUUCGUGCCGCUUACGCUCGUCCGCUCGGCUCGGCAUCGCCGCGAGCACCGCAACCACCAGCAGCGUCGUCCCCGGGAACAGUUCCACGACCGCCUCUGCCACUACCUCGAGCGCCGUCGCCACCACCUGCCGCGUCGCCAGACGCAAGAGGAAGAAGAGAAGGCGUACGCGGCUUCCCGCGAGCAACGACGAAGCGACCGGCGUCGCGUCCUCCACCCGGAGCAGCGUCCUCGCCGGCGGGAACAGCAACAACGUAGCCGAGAGCAAUCCGGCCGUCUGCGUCGACCUCGAGCCCGACGCUGACGACGUCGCCGAGGGCAACAACAACGCGGCGGGGCUGUCGGAUAACUCGGUGGUGGCGCGGGUCGAUAAACCGAGAAGCCGCCACCACCUCGCCGCCUCCUCCUCGGAGCAGCAGCAGCAGCAGCAGCACGCCUCGUCGGCGGCUGUCCUCAGCGGAGAAGUCGGUCAGCCGCGCGUCGGAGGAGGAAGCGGCACGCGCGCGGCGGCCGCCUCCUCCGUCGGCACCACCUCCAGCACCGUCACGCUUCUCAAUCGACGCGCCGGCAAACGCGGCUCGCCGCGGCGAUGCAACGCCGCCGGCGGACGUAGGAGCGCGAUGACGAUGGACCUCCAGCGGCUCAUCAGCGAGGUGCACGCGAGACCCGCGAUCUGGGACCAGAAGAAUGUCAACUAUCACAAUCGCGAUGUCAUACUGAAGAUGUGGCGGGAGAUUGCGAGGGCCUGCGAGGUGUCGACUGACGUGGCCAAGUCCAAAUGGAAGCACCUGCGCGACAACUUCCGGAACGAGCUGAAGAAGACUUAUCGGGGUAAGUGCGACGGUGUCGGCGGCACCGAGCACGACUCCAAGUGGGUCUGGUUCAAGAGCCUGUUCUUCCUGCGGGACCAAAUGAACUCCAGAGUGAUCGGCUGCGCCCUGUCGCAGAACUGCGUAGGCCAGAUCGGUUUGCGCUCGUCGCCCGACGGCACCCAGAUCGAGCCGCAAAUCGACAUCCUCGAGGGCCACGAGGAGACGCAGUUCGACGACCUGGACGGCGAUUCCUGCCAGUCGUUGCUGUCCAACGACGACGGCCUGCACCAGGUGAUGCCGCCGCCGAAGAUGAGCAAGAUCCUCGGCCGGAAGCGGACGCUCAUGGACGCGAUCGAUAACGAUUAUGGAAUAGAGGUGGACCGGAAGCGGUACGAGUCGCUGCAGAAGAGGCUGGCGAUGGGCUCCGAGGACGAGGACGACACCUAUCACUUCCUCAUGAGCGUCCGGAAUCCCCUGAGGAGUCUGCCUCUCGACAGGCAGAUGUUCGUUCGGCUCAAGAUCCAGGAGCUGGUCUACAACGAGAUCAAUUCGCAAAAUCAGCAGCAACAACAACAGCAACAGACGGGGAGUCGCGGCGUCUACGACACGUCCGCGCAAGGCCAGGACGUGAAGCCCCCGAGAACCGGAAAUGGCGGCAACGGCGUCGUCGGCGACGUCGUCAGCGAGAUGUCGAACCCGACGUCGUUGCUACAGAAUUGCACGCCCGAGGGAUCCAGCGACGACGCCUUCUUCGGCUGACGAGAACCCAUUGCGAUUUGAUUCGCUUAUAGAGAGACGUAAGGAUUAUAAUUUUAUUAAAAAUAGAGAAUAAAAGCGACGGUAUUUUUCAGUAA